CAGACCAUAUCUUAGUCGGCACAAGGGCACCUCCUGGGUAAGUUGCUUGGUCUCUUCCAAUAGUAUAUCUUAUAUAUAUGAGACUACGGUUCUCUCUGUCUCUGGAGGUAGCACUGAGCAACCCAUGCUCCUGCACUGUGACAUACAUCCAAAAUCUUUGGUGUAGGAUCUUGUUUCCCAUCUCGUAAUCGUCAUGGCCAUCAAGACUAUGUUUCCGGCUUCGAGCGAAAGACCGCAAUCCCAGUUUGCGAUUGCAGCGAAUAUAGUAAGAAGAAAGGGUGGGUUUGGGAAGAUCUCCGGAUCUACUAUCGCAACUCUCAAGGACAACUUCCACCUCAAGACAUGGAUCUUACUGGGCUGUGUUUUGCAGAGCAUCCUCUAUUUCAUCUUCCCACGAUCAUACGCCGCUUUUCCAGCAAUCGCCCUUCUCGCAUGGAGCUUCACCGAUGCUAUGUUGAUGCACUUCGGCCUCAAGAAGGACAAGUGGUACGAAGGGGUCGUUGACUCUAAAUUCAGUGUAGCAUAUCCAGGCGCUGGCGAGUCGGAAGUCGUCAGGACGAAGCCUGGAGAGAAUGGGCCGGGGGCUGUGAUGAUCUUGGGUGCCCGUGGCAACUCUCCCCUAGGCAUGUUUGCAGAUGGCAUGGAAGACAUCGGUCGCUUCUUCAACGCCAUGAUCAAGGAUCUUGAAAAGAACCGAGAAGAGAGUGGCUUCAUGGGCGUGUCAUCCUGGAUCUCAACUGAGCGAUCCGCGGCCAAUGAAUUUUCCACGUUCUCAUACUGGCGCUCCGUCGACGACAUCCACCGAUUCGCUCUCGGCGAAGUGCACCGGAAGGCCUGGAACUGGUGGAACGACACGGCCCACAAGCACAAGAACGUCGGCAUCAUGCAUGAGAUAUUCGUUAUUCCCGAACAUCAAGGCUGGGAGGGAAUCUAUAUCAAUUAUCAUCCCACAGGCCUAGCUGCCACCACCAAAGUGGUCUUGGGCAGCGAGAAGAAUGGACAAAAGUUGUGGGUCAAUCCGAUCGUCGACGCUCGCAGGGGUCAGUACAGGACAAGCACGGGGCGAUUGAACCGUGGCGAUCCGCAGGGAAAGAUGAACGAUAGUGUCGCAUUGGAUCCGUACUUGUGAAGGAAAUGGUUUCGCAGGAUUCUGAACUGUAGCCUGGGGCGGUGAACCCUGCAAUCUCAGCAUUGGGGGAAAAGUAUCACUCGACCCGACCGGGAUCCAAGUAGUGGCAGGGAAACUGACCAUACAAUUCUUCUUUCUACAACUCCAUCACAGCGCCAAAACAAAAUAUAUCGAGGUGAAGCUGCCAGGACAAAAUCUUUGCGUACCUGAUCUUGCCUCUACAAAAGACUUCUAGUAUGCAAGCAGCUAACAGAGGGCUGAAAUGCUG